CACUUUCCAAUAGCAAGGAAGGGGGCGGGAUUUCAAUAUCUUCUCGGGAGAGAGGUUCAUGGACAGUGGACCUCUGCGCUCGGUUGGUGCUGAAAAUAUGUAUCGGCUUCUGGCACCUCCGUACAAUCUACCUGCCGAUAUCGUUCGUGUCUUGGAUUAAAAAACGCCUAGCCGUUUUCUCAACACAUGCACCGAAGGCCUCGACCAGUGAAAACGAACAACUUCAGAUACUUAUCUUUUAGGCGUACACUGUGCGGUAAUGGAGAAGGACAAUGUAGCUAUCUAGCCAAAUUGCUAACACUGAGAGGACCCAGCACCAAAACUUCGUAUGGAGAUUAAAACGGUUAUCAAUCUAAUCUAUCAACGGAGGACAUUCACGCGAUUUGGGAUUUAUUCACUCACGGAGCCGGUGUGACUCCAUAUAGCUAACGUUACAGGAGCUGUAUCCCAGCAGACAUCUAGAGGCCCUGCCACACACAUCUGGCUAAAGAGAGGAAGAUCACAAGUGACACCACAGCAGGGGUGGAGAGAGCGACAGUGCCCGUUGGAAAACCUGUUGGAUUUAAGUUCUCUUUAUUACAGAUUAUCACACUGCUCUCCUAACUGCCACCCUCCCCCUUCACACACACACCCACACACACUCGCACAGACACUCACACAGACGUAGAGACGGACACGAACAGAGACGGCUAGACAGAGACUAACACAGACACACACAUAAUCACACACACUCCUCUAGAAGUAGCCCUAGAGAGUCACAUAAACGUCUCACAGUCACUCAGACUCGCACUCCGAGACUCAGUUGGUUCUCAGGGGUCGUGGUGGGAGGGUUCCCCCCCCCCUCUCGUUGCACUCCGCUGGGGGACGGAAGUAGAGGAAUGGCCCUGGGGGAAUGGCUGGCUGGCUGCCUCGCUCAGUGAGACAGAGGCUUAUGAAACUAACAAGCCCGCCUCAUCUUUCUCUCCUUGGCUAGCUAACACAGCUGGGCCUUGAGUCUACAGACACUGGGGAGGAGCUCAUCAGCCCCCCCCCCCACUAGGGAAUACAGCUUCUAAUCUUCAGGCCCUCAUCCUUCCUCUCUGGGUUCAACUUUACAUUGCUAUUUUUUUUUUUUUUUUUAUCCUUUUUUUUUUCAACCAUUUUUUCAGGAGGACCUUUUAAGGGUGUUUUGGAUAUGUGGGAUCGACCGCUGAGACUUCCUGCUUGUCUCCCAUUGGCUCAGGGAUGCCCCGACCAGGAAGAACAAAGUCUGAGAGUCCGUCUACGCGCACAUGGGCGUUUUUUAAGACGCUGUGUGGACUGAAGGGACAGCCAUUUAAUUAGUAAGGAAACUAGCUGACUUCUCGAUAUUCGUCUUCGCUGAUUUUUUUUUGCUCUCGUUUUUGAUGUUUUGUUUUUCCUAUCUCAUAUGACGAUUGAGCCGACCAGGGAGCAAAAUAACCAGAGACAAGAAUCCCACUUGGCCACAAUCAAAGGCCAUUUUGCUCUGCCUUUCUCUCUCCCUUGGUUGUUCUCUCUCCCUCAUUAUGCAUAUCAACUACCUGUUUACACACUAGACCAGCUCCAGUGAUAGCCUACCUUUCGAUCGAGGCAGAAAAGAAACGAUUAAGUUGCGAUCUUUUUAUGUCUUUUUCCCUGCGACAAAUCAAAAACCUUGCAGUCAGUCUCUACCUCCUCAAUCGCUUCAAACCCUUUUAAAAACGUCUGUUUCAGAACCAAAUCCGUACUCAAGUCGAAUCUGCAUCGCGGACCGAGUAGUGUACAGACUGAACAGUCGACAGACCGUCCAAGCUACAGACCAAAACAACCUGUCAUCUUAGUCUGGAAGGGGAGAAGGUUAUUGGGUCAAUGUCAUUGAACUGGACCAGAGCUCUUUGAAAUGUUAAGUUAUUGCUGCGGGCUUUCAUUGAACAGGGAAUGUAUAGCAGGUCAACCAAGGCGAUCUGCCUCAUCCCCCUGUACCUAACUGACAUUUUGACGCCCGAAAGUCGAGUUGAGUGUUUUUGAAACCGUUUCGGAGUCUAGGCGACUAGCUGAGAGUAGGAUUGUAAUGAAUUAAGAAGAAAUGUAAGUUAAAACCGCUUUCACCAAACCAUACGCAUCACGUUUUACUAGGACGUCCUACUUGUUUUCAUUUGAAAAGGGAGCGUCCAAGGUUUUUAUACUCCACACCCAAACAAUCAAGCCAUAUCACAGCUUUUUCUUCUUUUCUAUUUGUUGCACUAUUUUAUCUUUGUGUCGUAAAAUCACUAAGCCUUCAAUGAAGUUAUUUACCUCUCGCACGCACGCGCACAUUUCUUGAAAUUCCCCUUUAAAAUGUCAAGGCGUUGACCCAAAUCCACUGUAAGGAACCAGUUUAAAGACGAAAGGAAAAACCAAGCAAUUCAAAAGUUUCAGCCUUGAGAUUGACACACGAUUGAGCAGAAGUUGUUGUCGUCGCCCCCCCCCUAUAUAAGUCAGUAGUUCACGCAUAGAGCGGCAACGCCUCAAUCUUACAAGAGCACGUCUUUAAGUAGUGGCUCUGUUUACCUUUCAUGUUGACCUUUAUGUUGACCUGUGUGUUGUCCGGAGGACAGCACAACAAAGGCCUUAUCGCGGAGGCUCUUUAAGCCUCUAGCGGCUGGCAGAGUGCAUCUCAAUCAAAUACCCCCCCCUCUAUCUCUGUCUUACCCUCUCCUUUCAAAUAGCCUCUGUCUUAUCUUACCACCUCCUUAGACGAGGCCAACGGUCAAGUUGAAUAGACGUCAAACAACUUCAAGCAAAGGGACAGAGUUGUUUUAUUGAACACGCGGUUUAGGGAGGGGCCAAUCUACCCCUUCUUUCUUUUCACUCCCCCUCUUUCCUGGUGAACAUGCAGAAACGCUGGUCUUCUCUCGUCAUGGUCCGAUUGAGAAGGGGACUCCUCUACCUCCCUCUCUAACCACUUCAAUCCCUCUGUCUCUCCCUCUCUCCCUCUCUCUCUCUCUCUCUCUCUCUCUCUGUGCUCUUUCUCUUAAUCUCUCCCUCCCUCUUUAUCUAUAAUCCCUCCAUCCACACACCCCGAACAAAUCCUCCCUACCCCCUCAUCCCCACCCUCCCUGGGUGGGGUAAUUCCACCGUCCCCCCCCCCCCCCCCCCCUGAGUAAUCAAAGGCAUUAUAGCCCCCCUCCCCUCUCCCCCUGUGUGAUGCCGGGCAGCAGUAAGAGUGGGGGUGCAGGUGGCCUCCCCUCGCCCCCCCAUACCGCCUCCCCAUCCCGGCCACUUCGCCCGUCCCGCUACGUGCCCGUGUCGGCGGCGACGGCCUUCCUGGUGGGAUCCACCACACUCUUCUUCUGCUUCACGUGUCCAUGGUUGUCGGAGCAGUUCUCGGUUGUCGUGCCGAUCUACAACGGUGUCACCUUCCUGUUUGUCCUGGCCAACUUCUGCAUGGCCACCUUCAUGGACCCGGGCAUCUUCCCCAGAGCGGAUGAGGAUGAGGACAAGGAGGAUGAUUUCCGCGCUCCGCUCUAUAAGACGGUGGAGAUCCGGGGCAUCCAGGUCAGGAUGAAAUGGUGUUCCACCUGCCGCUUCUACAGACCGCCCCGCUGCUCACACUGCUCUGUGUGUGACAACUGUGUGGAGGACUUCGACCACCACUGCCCGUGGGUGAACAACUGUAUCGGCCGGAGGAACUACCGCCACUUCUUCCUGUUCCUGCUGUCCCUGACGGUCCACAUCAUGGGGGUGUUUGGCUUCGGCCUGCUCUAUGUCCUCUACCACACACAGCAGCUGGACACGGUCCACUCUGCCGUCACUAUGGCAGUGAUGUGUGUGGCUGGUCUCUUCUUCAUCCCGGUGGCUGGUCUCACUGGCUUCCACAUGGUACUGGUACAACACCACACACACCGGGGGAGAACCACCAACGAACAGGUGACGGGGAAGUUUAGGGGAGGAGUGAACCCUUUCACUAAUGGCUGUUGGAAGAACGUUUCUCACGUGCUCUGCAGCUCCCAAGCCCCCAGUUACCUGGGGAGGAAGAAGAAGCCUCACGGUGUGGUUGUCCAGCCUCCGUUCCUCCGGCCACAGCUCACAGAGACCCAGCUGGCCGCUAAGGUCCUCGACAACGGUAUCCAUGGAGACCUCCACCGGUCUAAAAGCAGUCUGGAGAUGAUGGAGAGUCAGUCGUGUGAUGCGGAGCCUCCUCCUCCCCCCAAACCAGAGCUCAGGUACCCCGGCCUGUCCAGAGGCCACCAGGAACAACACACAGAGGAGAGUAGUCUUCUGAGCAAAGCCCCGCCCACACCCACCAUGUAUAAGUACAGGCCGACCUAUAGCAGCCCGGGAAAGAACCACACUGCCCUCACUCAUGCCUACGCCAACCAGAUGAGUCGAGGGGACAGUCUAAAGGAGUCGUCUUCUCUGCUCCAGUCCAGCCAGCAGCCUGGCUUCCGCUCUGAACCCAGCCUGGAUGGGAGAGAGGCCCCAGGGGAGAGAGGGGGAGGAGGAUUGGGAGGAGGUGGAGACAGACCCGGAGGAGGGGGGUCAGUAGGGGGGGCACCAGGGUCAGGGGGUGGCGGUAUCCCCGGUUACUCCCUAGGGGGACGUUCCUACCCCUCCUUUUCAGACCCAACGGUUCUAUCUUCCAGUGGAGGGGGAGGGGCUUCCCGUUCUUCCAGCGUGCGUUCUGGCUCCGCCCACAAUGCGGCCCACAUCUCCGAGGCUACGACCUCCACGAGCUACAAGAGCCUGGCCAAUCAGACGCCUCCUCCGCGCAACGGCAGCCUAUCGUAUGACAGCCUGCUCACGCCCUCCGAGAGCCCCGACUUUGAGUCAGCCGCACCCGACAUGUCGCCUGGGCGCCACCGUACCCCCGCCCCGCCCCCCGUCCUGGGCUACUCCUCCCCCUACAUGUCGGCCCAACUCAGCCAGCAGAGAGACGCAGAGCUCCACCAGCCCUCCGCCUCUUCCGUAGCCCUCCUUUCCUCCCCACACCGCGCUCACUAUCUCCGCGCCUCCUCCUCCUCCUCCCCCCCGCCUCCCCCUGAGAGGGAGCGACUCCUCCAGGAAUCGCACUCCCACUCCCACCACUCUCAGCCCCCUCCCUCCUCCGCGGCCCCCCAACCCCCCCACCCACACCACCACCACCACCACCACAGCAGCCAUAGCUCCAGACCCCCCCGCUUCUCCCGGCCCCCGCUCCUGUCCGACUCGGCCGCCCCCCACCACUACCCGUAUCGCACCCGGUCCACGGACACCACCCUGGCCCCCUCCACACACCCCCCGCGCUCCCCCCACCCCCCGCCGCUGGGGAAGUCUCUGUCGUACUCUUCGGCGGCGGCGGCGGAGAUGCAGUACCGGAUGGUGCGCAAGGCGUCGGCCGGAGGGGGAGGGGGAGGGGGGGGCGGGAUCCAGGCACCUAAGGAUGAGAUUCAGAUGAAGUUGCUCAGCCGGACGAACGGGCAGCCCAGGUCCUCCCUUUCCUCCUCAGGCUCCACCCCUUCCUCCCCCUCUCACCCAAUCAGCAUGUCCACUCGCCCCGGACAGGCCUAUCCCAGCCCUGGAAACACCCAGAGCCCCGCCCACAAGCUGGGGGGCGGGGUGAAGAAGGUGACGGGCGUCGGCGGGACCACCUAUGAGAUUUCAGUCUGAGUUUGACGGGCGGCCACUCCGACUAAUGGUGUCAGGCGUUGGAGGUGAAGGAGGGGUCAGAGAUGGACUGAUGAUAUUUCUGCCUCUCGGGCCCUUCAGGAGAGAGGAAAGCUUUUAAUGAACAGACGUUUUAAAAGUUGCUCUUCUUCCAAAUGCGAUGGACUCCGGACUUCCUCUCUCAUUCAGAGACCUCCAGUCAAGGAACUACAGAACUAAUCGGGAGGAAGUUGUUUAACCAGUCACAUUCAAGAACACAAUGCACCAUUAUGACAUUGUGGGCGUAUGGGCCAAGGGAUCCAAUUAUACCCCUUAAGAGGCGGGACUCUUUGACAAUCCACCAAUUUCUGGACGGGUUGAACUCUGUGGGAAUGAUUGAGUGACAGUUAUGACUGGGUUUGCCUUUUAUUGGAUAAAACAAGGAAGAUCAAUAUGGCUGCGUUUACACAGGCAACUGGAUUCUGAUCUUUUUUUUUUUUACCAAUCAGAUCAGCUCUGAAAAAGAGCUGAUGUAAAAGGAUCUGAUUGAGCAAAAUAAAUCUUAAUUGGGCUGCCUGGGUAAAGUCUUUUUUUUUUUAAGAAAAGAAAUGUACUUUCAUUCAUUCAUAAAUGUGUAAUGAUUCAUUCUCUGUACAGAAUUAUAUGGUUUGGAAUUUAUGGUGAUUUCCUCCAAUCAGUGGCAUUUAAAGGUUACAGUGGCACGCUCCGGCCACUAUUGACCACUGUGAUUGGCUAGUGAUCUCGCUGCCAUUCUCUCUCGACCAAUCAGAAAUGGAGAUGCUAAACUGUAGUAGACGGCAGGGUCAUUGGUAGAGUUCGUUUUGCCCGGCUCAGUGCCCCGGGUGGGUGGAGAUUUUUCUUAAGGACCAAUGGAAUGGUUAAAAAAUAUAUAUAUCGCUGGGUCUGUACUUUAAAGAUGGAGCGGCCUUUUCUAAACAAACUUUAGAGCAAUGGCCUUGAAAAUCAAGAAGAUAAGUGUUUUUUAUUUUUUUUAUUUUACAUAUUUAAUUUCAAAAUGUUAUUUUAUAUGAAUUUCUCUCUCUAUAUAUAUAUAGCUGUUGAUAAGAUCAAUAUUUUUUUGAAUGGCCUGAAAGGGGUUUUUCUGGUUUGAGUUAAUUUCAGAAUUGUAACCAAAACAGGGGAAAACUGUUGCCGUGUUCAUGUUCUAGUCGGAACUUGGACAUUUCUAACUGGCUAACAAGUGCCGCGUCGAAAAUGUCAGUUUCCUAGUUCCGAUUUUAGCGCUAGAGCGCGGCUCAGUUGUAUUGAUGGCUGCACCAGCCAAUCAGAGGCUGGGUUUUGAGUCUUCCCGCCAAAGAGAGUAGCUGGACAAUUGUUAUAUGGUUCAGCUAAUGGGAACCAAUGUAUAUGAUAAAAGGCCAUGUAGCAUUUUAAAGUCCUUUGAUACACAGUAAACCACUCGACUUCUCGUGGGGCAUAUUUCAGAGACAAGUUAUCGUUGUACCUUCUGGUUGUUUACUUCUGAGCUUUGUAAUAAUUUGUCUGAAAUGGCACCCUAUUCACUAUAUAGUGCACCACUUUUGACCAGGACCUAUAAGGAAUAGGGAGCCAUAACACACACAACCAAUGUUUCGUUUUAUUGGUCCAGAUAAUGACGUCUCCGGUUGCCACUAGCUGACCUAUCUGGAAACUAGCGAGGAUCACAUGCUUUGCCGUGACCAAUCCGUAGAGAGCAAGAGAUUCAUUUCAGCCUACUCUUUUAUUCGUUAACGGUUAAACCAAUGAGAUGGACAGCUGAAAAAAAGUCAGUAACAUCCUUUUUAUAUUUAUUUUUUACUUUCCUUUGCAAGAUUUUUAGGACAAUUUACAGGGCAUUGCUAUAAACCGACAGUUUGUUUGACCAGUCAGGAGAGUAGAAUGAAACUAAAUGGGCUAGGACUAAAAGAGCACGUCGCCCAAUAAGGCAAAGACGUUUGACUGCCAUCAGGAACAGCCAAUGCCCUUGCAGAUGUUUAGACAAGUACGAGCCCGGGACUUGGGUGUUUUGAAAUAAAAAUAAAUAAAAAGAUAUGUACUAUAUAGCUGUGUGUGUGGGCGUGUGCGUCUGUGAGUGUUUGAGCAUUGGUAAUAAAGUAUUUAAAACCAAA